AUGACUGAUACUCUUGAUAAGUAUCUUUCUCACAUACAAACCCUUGAAGAGAGACUUGCUGUUGUACGGCAAUACAUUUAUCUUUUUGAAUCUCCUGAACAAAAUAAACUAGAAAAAACACCAAAACAACCUGAAGAUUCAAUUCCAACAUCAGAUUAUCCAGACGAAUUAAAUGACAAUCUUGAAGAAGUACUAAUAGCAUUACUUCCAAUUAUUGAUCAAUCUACAACAAAACCAUAUAUACCUGAACAUCUGUUAUUACUUCUUUCUACUUCUGAAGCAUGUCAAGUACCUUUAAUUCAACAAAAAUGGCAUGAAAAAUUAAUUCCUCUCUUAGAUUCUCCAUCGUCUGAGUUAAUAGAAUCUGUGUCAUAUCUUCUUCUUCAUGGGUUAAUGUGUCCAUUAUUAGCACCACGUAUAUCAAAGAAACUUUGCUCUUUACUUGCAUCAACUCCAUCAGAAACAAUGAACCAAAUGAUUCCAAGUAAAAGAUUAUCAUUACUAUCUUCUGUAGGAACAUUGGCUCAUCGUAAUUUACUUGUAAAGAAUGGGAUUGAUUGUAAUCAAGUUUUAGAAAAUCUUCUUAGAGAACCAAUUCAAAAUGAUGUACCAUCAUUACAUGCAACAAUACGGUGUAUUGCUGGAUUAAUUAAAUCAGUUAACAAUAUUGAGACAAUAAAGAAGGUAUGUCAUCUUGCUAUAGAAAAAUUAAAUAAAGAAUGUGAUAUUAGAACUGAAGUUCAUCUACAUGCUAUUAUUGCUAAUUGUGCUCAUUAUGAAGAAGUUGCAAGGGAAUUACUUACUACAAAUAUUUAUUUUGGAAUUAUUCAAAAUUAUAUCAAGAAUAAACCUUCAAAAUAUGGUAGUGUAGAUGUUCGAUAUUUUGCUAUUCAAACACUUAUUUCAUGUCUAAGUGUUGUCAAAGAACUUCAUGAAGAAAGUAUUAUUAUGUGUGAUUCAGUUCUUCUAGCACUACCAACACAACCAUUAUUGGCUCAUCUUGGAGCAGAUAGUUCAGGAGGACAACAUCCACAAAUGUUAGGUGUUCUUGGAUUAAAGGCUAUGGCAUUAAUAUUGAUUCGAUUAAUAACAUCAAAUACACAAUCUAAUCUUGUUUAUCAACAUAUCAAGAGAUUAUCUGUUCAAAAUGUGAUUGCUACUAUUGGUAGAUGUACAAUCCUUGAUAUUGAAGAAGUUGAUGAACCUCCAAAAGUUAAAAGUGAAAUUAAAAAUGACAGAGAUACUGCAUUGUAUUGGGGACUUGUUGUAUUACAAAAGAUGUUUUCAUAUGAAGUGAUAAUGAAAAAAACUGGUAUUGAAGAAUCAUUGAGUCAAUGUGAGUCGGGACUUUCUUAUCUUGUUAAAGCAGUAAAAGCAUAUUGUGAUAAAACACCUGAUAUUGCAUCAAUUUUUGUAGAUGUAAUUAAGAAUGUUAAAUUCGAUACUCUUAAAGCAGAAGAUAAUAAAAGUCAUUUUGUUCAUCGUUUUGUACAAUUAAUGAGAGAUUAUACUGACUCUUGUUAUGAACACACAGCUGCAAAAGCAUUGUUUGGAUUAUGUGAAUUACAUUUAAUUAAUGCAAAUGAAAUAGAUACACUUGGAAAUAUAGUUAUUGAAUUUAUGAAAAGAGUUAAUGAAUUGACACCAGAAAAUGUCGAGUCAUUGUAUUCUCUUAUUCAUAUUAUUUCUGAAGUCGAUUCUUCAAAUGAACUUGUUCCUUCUAUUGUUUCACUUGCAAACGACCAAAUCAUUCCAUGGAUUAUUUCUCAUCAAGAAAUAUUGAUUCAAGAUGAAAGUAAUUUGGAAAAAUAUGAUUUCCUUAUUCUCGUUCUUCUUGUCUUGUUUUGCAAAGUACCCAAAACACCUUCAAUUGAGAAAUCAGUAAAAGAAAUCUUAAAUGUUUAUGGAAAUGAUGCAGGUGAAAUUACUGACUAUUGCAACAAAUUAUUAAAUUAA